CAGUUGCUUCUUGGUUCUUUUCUUCCCCGGUAAUUUCUUUCCGUUAUGUAUCUAAUUUUUGUCUUCUAAACCUAAAACGACCCACCUAUCGAUUUUGUUCCGUCCGAUAGCCGUGACGCAGAGGGGGUCUUCAGUGGAGCUUUUCUCGACGGAAGAUGAAGAUGUGGAUGCGACGGGGUUCGAUCAGUUGGAAGAAAAGGUUUCCGACGGGCUCCUCCACUUCUUCUUCUUCUUCUUCUGUUUCGUUUAUCCCGCAGCAAACCCAGAUGGAGAAACCAUGGUGGUUUCGUUGUCACAUUGUGUCGGGGGAGGCCGUUAGGACCGAUAGAUACCAACCCACCGCCCUUGAACACAAUUUAUCUCCAAAACCUUCUAUCUUCCAUCCUUUCCGCUUCCACUAUGGUGUCACCGAUGUCUGUCGCACACUAAAUCUAGGGUCUACUUGAAGAAUGCAGUGAUUUUAGGCGAAGAAGUAGAACGGUUACAACUUGAAGAACUUGAAAGACUAUAAGGUCACAACGAUAGGUACGGGUCUCGCUUGGAAUCCGGAUACUGGCACCGCCGCUGCCAUGGUCGCUUCAUCUGGCAACAACGAAACCCGUCGUACACGCCAUUCAAUUACAACGACCACUGAGACUAGGUGCUGCAACUGGAUCAAUAUGGGAGGUGUUUACGAGAAAGUUUAUCUCCAUUGCAAGUCUGAUGCCAUUACUACACUAUCAAACUCCCUUCUUUUGCCCAGACACAAACCAAUUCAUUCCAAUUCAUUUAUCAUCAGCCUAUUGGUUUGGUGGGGAAUCACUAUUCAGAGACAAAUUGUUCAAGUUGAGCGCCCUGUUCUUCAGGCACCAAAGUUGAAGGUUGGUAAUAGAGAAGACAUUUGUCCUUGUAAUGGGCGAUGGAACUUUAAUAAGAAGAAGCUUUUCACUCCCAUUAAAAUUGAGAAAUGGGUAGCCGUCAAUUUUUCAGCCAAGUGUGAUGCAUGUUAUCUUGCGCCGGAGCUCAUAAAUUGUGGAAGAAAUAGAGGUGUCGUAGGUCAAAGUCAAAGAUUUUUGAUCGCCCAUUUUUACUAAUAGAAGAAGACCCACAUAAUCCAAAAUUUGGACCUGUAGUAAGUGCAAAAGUCCCUGGUGCCCUCAAUUUCUCCUUUGCAUAUUGCCAGAAAGAAAAAAUUCUGGCUUAUAUGGUAGCUCCUUCGGUUAAGCCAACAUGCUUCUCUUCUCAUCUUUGGCUAUGUAGAAACCAUCGACAAAUUGUAGAGGAACAAUGGUUUCAACCUGAUUGUACUCUAUAAGUAUAGUUUUUUGGCGUUCGACAACUCGCUUGGACUUACAGGUUAGUCAUCUCUUUGUGCAAGUUAUUCUACCAGAGUAGUCAAUUUGUAAAAAUUGAUGCAACACUAACGUCAAUUUUGUUCCUAAUUAGAAAUAAUCCAAAACAAUUUCUUACCAUACCUUUAAUUCAUAAAUUCAUCAUUCUGUUAUGUGAUACUACUUGAUCAGGCAACUCCAAUAUUCACAUCCACAUCAACAGAGAGCAGCUUCACAUACAUUUUAGUCAACUAGCCAUCAAGUUCAUCUGAUUCAAGUAUUGGUGUUACAAUCGUUUAUAAAUCCAGUUAACAAUGAAUACCCUUACAGUUAACAUCAAAAAACAAUAAACUGUAUUGAUCUUCUUUCUUGUGCUUGAAAUAGAAUCAAAAACUUCCAUUAAUGGUGCUACAUCCUGCAGCCUUGGCAUAAAUUUAGACAAUGUGAUAGUUAUUGGUUAUUUCUACAGGAAGAGAUAGAAAACAAAAUACAACUUGCAAUGAUUUGGCUAUAAAAAUUCUUUAAAGAUAUAAUUACUCUCUCUCAGUAUUGAAAACAACAUCAAAUCACCUAUCUGGAGGUAUCCAUUCUUUGCUACUUCACAUUAUUUGAAAUUUGUUUUAUAAAAUCUAAGGGUAAAAUAGGCAUUUACCCUCUUUCAGACAGAUUAUCAACCUGGAAAUGAAAGAAAAAAAAUAUGUAUACAAUAUUUUUCACCUUUAAAAUCUAGCAUCUAAUUCACAAAAUUUAUAGAAAUCCAAUUCGAUAAGCAAGGAAGGAUAUUAGGGGCUGCAGUCAGAACUUACGUUCUAGAAAGAUCACAUGUUUUCCAAGUAUCUGACCCCGAGAGAAACUGUCAUUCCUUUUACAUGCUUUGUGCAGCACCCCCAGAGGAUGCAAAGAAAUUUAAAUUAGGAUAUCUGAGAUUGUUUCAUUAUUUGGAUCCAACUAUUUGCUAUGAAGUAGCAAAUAUUCAUGAUGGAAGAGAAGAGUUGGAAACACGAUUGUUGAUUUUUGAUUUGUACGUUUCAAUGGGGAUUCAAUGUUGAUUUUUCUAAAGCGGUUACUGAGAGAGUUCACCAACUACAAAGGAUAGGGGUCAUGGUGUUCAUAUAUCAUCUAGAAAAUAGAACCGUAUAGCAUUUCCAAGAUAAAUGGUCAACAAGAACAGAGCAGCAACCUUUAACAAAGUAGCAACCUUUCGGUCAACAAGAGGAAUCAUUAGAUUUUGUGAUUCGUGUCCCAUUGUAACGAAAAAGCUGAACGUCAAAUACAUGAAAUGGAAUCAUCCAUUGUUUACAUUUAUAGUGUCUGGUAUGCUGGAAUGGAAUCAUCCAUUCCAUCGGAAUGACAUAAAAAAAUGUUUGUUUCUCUAACAGAAUGGAAUAGGCUAUUCAUUAUGGUGUCCAUUCCACUCAAUUCAACUAAACACAUUUUUUAAUCAUGAAACAAGUGGAGGUUGAUGAUCUUCAAGAACUGAUAUUACCUCAAGAGCACAGAAUACCAACAAAUAUUACAUAGUAUUUCUGAUGAGAUUCCUUCUGCCAUCUUUUGUCUUUUAACAUAUUUUACGACUUUUUGACAUAUUUCAUUUUGUUGCUUUUACAGAUUAUGGAUUAUAUCAUCAGUAUUCAAAAUUUUGUAUUAGAGAGCAUUCAACAAAAGUAGCAUAUCAUGCACUCGCUAACAAAAUUAGCGAUCAACUGUAUACUUAUAAAACAACAUAAGAGUUGUACAAUUUUUUUUUGAGGAACGUGAUUCGUUUGCAAUCAACCGAUAGCUUCCAACCCCCGCAACGCGGGGAAGCUUCACUAGUUAAGUUUAAGUUAUAAUGUUCAAACAUUUCAAAACAUAGAAUAAUACAUAAAUACAAGUUGAAUCA